CAGUCGAGGGAAGGCAGAGCACGCCGCCGCUGCCAAUGCGCCAGGCUGGCGGCGCAGGAGGAGAUGACGCAAAGGGCCGUGCGCUCCCCCCAAAAAAGUGCUUCUCCCGGACGAAGAUGGCGGCAACUUAGCGCAGGGCCCCAAGAUGAGGGUGGCCCCCGGGCAGCAGGAGGCAGCCAAAUCCGCGCCGCGAGCAGGGGGGGAUCGUGCCCGGCGGGAGCCACAGCAGAAGCAACAGCAGCAGCGGCGGCGGCGGCAGCAGCAGCAGCAGCAACAGAAGCCGCAGCGCAGUGGCACCAGCAGUGCUAGCAGGAGCAGCCGCAGCAAGAGCCACAGCAGCGGCGGCAGCAGCAGCAGCAGCAGCCUUCACCCCGCCGCUCCUCCGGCGUCUCGGCAGCUCGGGCCAGGCGACACGCAGCAGCCAGCCUCUCGCCAGGAGGAGGAGGAGGAGGAGGGUCUCGGGACGGCGACCGGCCCAGCCCAGCCCAGCGCGCAGGAGCACCACCACCACCGUCCCCGCCACCCCAUUAGCGCCGCCGCCGCCACCGCCCGCCGUCGUCGUCGCCCUUCUCCGAGGGGGGAGCCUGGCGCCCCGCCGCGCCGUGUCCAUGCCCGUGGGGCCGCCGAGCCCGGCUGCGGAGCCCCCCUCGCCGUGGAGCCGGCCGGGGCUGCGCGCUCCCGAAAUAUGAGCAGCCGCCCCCCGGGAGGAGCCGGCUCGGGCGUGUGCUUCGGCCCGCGGGAGCCCGACAAGCCCUUCGCGGACUCGGAGCGGGCGCAGAAAUGGCGCCUGUCGCUGGCCUCGCUGCUCUUCUUCACCGUGCUGCUCUCCGACCACCUGUGGCUCUGCGUUGAGGCCAGGCAGGUCGCGGCCGGGCGCCACCGGGACCCAGAGCGGGCGGGAGGAGCGGGCAGGGAGGACGGCAUGGACGGGGCGGCGGAGGGCGGCCAGUGCUUCAGCCUGCUGGGCGACGCCGAGGCUGCGUGCCGCCGCCUGCAGCAGCCCGGUGCCUCGGCCCAGGCGGAGCUCUACCUUCCCUUUUGUAGUUCCUACACGCUUCGCGAGCUCUUCGCCGGGCUUUCCCGCCCGGACACUCUGAACUGCACUCUGGACCUAGGCGAGGAGGGGGACGAGGACGAGGAGUUGGACAGCGACGACCACGGGGAUGGCGAAGGGCGCCGCAGGGAGGAGGAGGAUUGGCUCGGCUCUUGCCGCCGCUGCGUCCUGGCUUACCAGAACUACGACCAGCAAGCGCAGGACCGCUACCGAGAGUUCGAGCUUGUGUUGCAAAAAUACUUGCAAGCGGAGGAGUACUCGGUGAAAUCCGGCCCGGAGGAUUGUAAGACUGUCUACAAAGCCUGGCUCUGUUCCCAGUAUUUUGAAGUCACACAGUCUCACUGCAACAACACAAUUCCUUGCAAGCAAUACUGUUUGGAGGUUCAGACAAGGUGUCCAUUUAUAUUACCAGACAACGAUGAUGUCAUCUAUGGAGGAUUAUCCAGUUUCAUCUGUACAGGGCUCUAUGACAACUAUCCAACCAAUGCAGAACCAGAAUGCUGUGAUGUCAGAUGGGGACUAUUAUCAGAUAACCAAUCCAAAGGGACUAUAAAAACAAGUGACUCGAUGUGUCACCGGACAUCACUCACAGUUUCAUCAGCAUCAAGACUGUGUAACAGCAGACUUAAACUGUGUGUUCUCGUACUAAUUCUCUUGCAUACAGUACUAACAGUCUCAGCAGCACAGAACUCAACUGAACUGGGCUUUGGCGGCAUAACAACUUUGGAAGAUAGUUCAACCAAUGAGGAAUAAAAGAUUCAAUUCAUCUUCUCCUACGGGCCCACAGCAAGCCCACAUGUACUGCAGUCAAACACAAGAGACUGGGUCCUUUUGCCCUCCAUUCACUCCUCCGAAGGCCUUCUGGGUAAAACUCAGCGGAAGGGCCACAAUCCAAACAAGGACACAUCAAAUACAGCUUUUUAUUGACUAAAAGGCUGUCUGGUGACUUAAAUUUCUCACACCAUUUUAUACACUGUGUUUUAAUGUUUGGAGUUUCUUUCUUUUGUUUGUUUUUGCACUUGUUAAUACAGGAUUUUAUUUUUUGGACAGUUUCUCAGAGCUAAACUAAGUCUUUUCACUGUCUUUAUCUAUUUCUAGUCAUUGUGUGUGUUCAUCCAAUAGUUCUGUCUUUUAUGUCUUGUCAAUUUCUAUUAGAGGAAAGAACUGCUGUGGUUCCAUGGCAUAACUAACUAAUGGAUUAAUUUUUAUUUUUAGAAAAAACAACAACAAUAACCUUGCCCCCUAAACGGCCCUACUCUCCCCCACAAAAAAUGGUUCUCCUUCUCUUCUCCAGUGCCCCAAAGCAGACAAUGCCCGCUUGCUUUCCGUCUGUGUAAUCACAAUGAAUGGGCGCACGUUUCAGAUGAGCCUCUGCCCAUAUUGCACAAGUCACCUGACUGGAACCCAAAGUGAGGAGAUGGGGAGGCAAAAGAGAAGCGCUCUCCUUCUAAGGUGGAAUCGGACAGUGAAAUUGUAACGUAACAAUACCUAUAACAAACUGUUGCUCCAAUUCCCAUUUUCAAAGAAGUCCAGUCCUUUCUCACUGGUCAGUUGAACAGGAGCCGCCUGGGACGGAAGACAGUGCAUGUGAAGCCAUGUUUAGAGCUCAGCAAAGAUAACUAGAUGAGAGAGGCCUUCACAGUGGCGGUAGAAGUUUGGCAUUCAUUGUGAAUUACGGUUUUUUAAAUUCCACCGCAGUCAUGCGAGCAGCACGUGUCAGUAUAAUCUAUAGGAGCAGAGAGGUUCAGAAAA